AUGCGGACUCAGUGGCUUUCAGUGGCCUCCUUUGUAUGGACUGCCUAUGGCCAGGCUGUAUCUCCAGUGUCCAGUCUGACUUUCGAUGGCGCAGGUGCCGUGAGUCUGUUUUGGGGCAUGGACAGCGCGCCCACCUCUCGUUAUGACUUCUAUCUCUGUGCCGGUGAUGAGACGACAGAUAAAUAUGAAUCUCUGUCACAAGUGAUCAAGAAUGGCGUAUAUGCCGCGGGCGACAUGGUAACCUUCGCAGUCGACCAAAAUAUGGGAGGAAAUGACCCCGAUGCAUACUUCCUCAAGAUCGUCCUAUCCGACCCCUACGAUUACUGGUCUGGGUUCACCUCGCAUUUUACUUUGACCAACAUGACAGGUUCAUUUUCGGAAAAAGUGACCACUGCUCUCAAGACAAUGGAGCCCAGACCAGCGAUUAUGGCAUCCUGGCCUCCAAUCGAUGAAGAUCGCCUUCUGGAGGCCGAAGAAGUUGCGUCCGCUUUCAAUAUCACCAAUUCUCCAAGCACCUCAGCCGAGAAGGUCCUACAAUUCCCGACCCCAACCGCCCGGAGUGGAAUUGAACACGAGCUUCGAAAGAGACAAGUGGCCGCCGCGGGGGUUGCCGCCGCUGCUGCCCCUGCAGCAGCUGCAGUAGCCGUUGAUCAACACACGGUCCCGUAUGGUGAUCAAACCGGGCUCACCAAGUAUGCGCCCAUGCCCAAGAAGGCUGGUAGUACCAUCGCCACGAGAUCGGCUACACCUCAAUACCCACCUUUCCCAUUUGAUAUUGCCACUGCGUAUUUGAGUGCGGCGACUGUGCAGUACACCGAGAUGGCCUAUGCCACAUGGACUGCGAACACCAUUGAAAAUACAGCUCCUGCAGCUCCUACACCCACAUUGGACAAGAGAAUGCAGAAGUGGCUGGACCGUUGGAAGGAUUGA